UUAGAACAAAUCACUUUAAGCCACAACUGCAGUACAGUCAACAGAAAAGAGUCCAAUAGCUGCAGGAUCCAUGAUUGAACACAAAGUGGCACACAAUAUGAAGUACUACACAGUUGAGACUGGCAAUACUUUGGAAACUCAUAUUCAGUUUAUGAGACGACUCAACAACACCACAAGAUGUUUUACGGAAGUCAAGUCUCCAGUGGAGAGUGAUGUCAUCAUGGCUUUCUGUCCCAUCGUCUCCCGCGCCGGGACUGAUAUUGAAGCAGCACUGCAACAGAUUCCAAUGGGUAAAGAUGUCAUUCUGGUAGUGCUGCAUCACACCUUCAACCCAGACUACACUGUACCUUACAGCAGCAGACUAGUGACCAGAAGUGAUGUAAUACUCACAGUGGACUGUCUGUUCCAUGAGAGACUGGGAGGACUACUGGACUGUCCUCGCAAUGAUGCAGCAGUCAGAAAUAUUAGGCAGAAGUUUGACACAGUGGACUGUCUGUUCCAUGAGAGCCAGGGACUACUGGACUGUCCUCACAAUGAUGCAGCAGUCAGAAAUAUUAGGCAGAAGUUUGACACAGUGGACUGUCUGUUCCAUGAGAGCCAGGGACUACUGGACUGUCCUCACAAUGAUGCAGCAGUCAGAAAUAUUAGGCAGAAGAUUGACAUAGAUCCUGUGGCCAGAAAUCGUGACUGUCUAGCUUGGAUUCUAAACGCUGCCAUGACCAGAAGUUGUGGCUUUCUAGCUUGGAUUCUAAACGGUGUCAUGUGGGCAGUGUCUUCAGGCUACAACUACGUUUUCAUUCACAAUCCACAUCCCUCUACAAGGCCUCAUUCUGACAGUCUAUCUGUGAUUCGGAGCAAUAUAAUGUACACAGUGUCUUCAGUCUACAGCUACCUCUGUACACGGCUUUCAUAUGUGAAGCGGCGCUUCUAGGACAAUAAUUAGGUUCCAGUUGGUUCAAAAUCCACAUCCCUCUUCAAGACCUCGUUCCAGAAGUGAUGAAAGCAGUUCCACUUUUGUACCAACAAUGAAGACAUGCUAAUUGUUUUUAUGGAUUCCAUCUUUAAUUGUAUGGCCUACUUAAGAAAAUGUCUUUACUUUUGAUGUUAAGAGCACUUGCAGGUGUAAUGUAUAGAAAUUGGGGCCGAUAUUAAACAUUUUAAUAAAAAUGAAUGAAAAAUAAUAAAGAAGAAA